AUAAACUGUAGAGGCUAUACAUCUUACUGAUGUAUACUAGCGAUAAUGAGUAUUAUUUAUUCGAAAAAUAACGAAAAAAAUUUAAGCUGUUAAAUAGAUAGUUUAUGUGAUAUUGAAAAAUUUAUACGAAAUAAUAUUUUCAGAAGUUAACCCAGACAAUUGACAUUUGAUAAUUAUAAGUGUAAUAUUGUUUUUUUAGCACAUUUUAUUUUAACCUAAAGUGUCUGAUUAAAACAUAGCAACACGUGUUUACCAUGUAAUCUACUGUUUCCUUGGAAACUAGCAAACAAAUACAGUAUUUUGUUUUAAUGAAAUUAGUGAAAAAAUAAAACAUUGAACUAAAAGUUUUAUUAUUAAAAAAUUAUUUAAUAACAACUAAAAUAUUAAUAUUAAUUGCCAUUAGAAAUACAAAAGUGUAAGUUCAUUAAUAUGGCUGAUAAUAUAAUUAAAUUAAGUACAAAUAAGCACAUUGAUAAAUUAAGACCAGGAAUGUCUUGUAAGUUGGUCGGCUAUAUUGAUGCGAUUGAAUCUGUGAAACAGUGUAAUGAUAGCCAACUCUUAAAAUUUGUGAUUAAUAAUGGAGCCGGUAAAAGGGUACAAAUAAAAUGCUGGGGUGACGACAUUCCACGCGUGCAAGCUGAUAUCAUUAUGGAUCGUGUUAUCCAUUUAGAAAAUGCGUAUUGUGGCCCUCACACGAAAUACAAUAAUGGAAACUUUACUGGUGCAGAAAUUACCAUUAAUAAGCAGACCAUCCUCGAAAAUCUGAGGGAAUUUGAUGAGAAAAAUUGUUUAGCUGAUGAGGAUAGAGAUACAGAUUUCCAGCUAAUUGCACUGGACCAAAUCGAAAACUCAAUUUUGCCUUCGAGAUUUAAAAUCUCCGGUUAUGUCAAAACUAAAUUUUCAAUAAUUAAUUCUGAAAUCGUAAAUUGGGUUAAAGCAUACGUCAGUCUUACUGACGGUGAACGAAAAAUUGAUGUAACAAUUAAUUCGUACAAACCAGACCAUGACAUCGCAAAGGGAGAUAAAAUAAUCUUGACAGGAUCAAUUAAAAAUUUAAAGAAUGAUGAGGUAUCAUUUCUUGUGGACAAAAUGGAAGAUAUUGAAAAAAUUGAAGAAGAUCCUAAACCAUUAAGCUGGCUUCUAAACGGUACUAAGAGAAUUUAUAUUAAAAACAUGGAAAAUUCAAUCAAACGUCCAAAAUAUCAGUAGUUCACUAAAACUAUAAUUAUAAUUUUUUUUAUUUAAAAUAAAAAUUAAAUUUGAAGUUAAAUUAAAAUAAAAUGUUAAAA